AUGAAAGACAAAUGCAAGAACGCGGCGAAGACGCGGAGAGAGAAAGAGAACGGAGAAUUUUAUGAGCUGGCCAAGCUGUUGCCUCUGCCGGCGGCCAUCACCUCCCAACUGGACAAGGCCUCCAUCAUUCGGCUGACCAGCAGCUACCUCAAGAUGAGGGCAGUCUUCCCCGACGGUCUGGGUGACGGAUGGGGUCAGUCAACAAGGUUCAGUCCUCUAGACAGCAUGGCCAAAGAACUGGGUUCCCACCUUUUACAAACUCUGGAUGGCUUUGUGUUUGUUGUUGCUUCUGAUGGCAAAAUCAUGUAUAUCUCUGAAACAGCAUCAGUCCACCUUGGCCUGUCCCAGGUGGAGCUAACAGGAAACAGUAUAUUUGAAUACAUCCACCCAUCAGACCAUGAUGAGAUGACAGCAGUGCUGGGUCUUUGCCAGCCCCCACACCAUCACUUCUCUCCAGAGUAUGAAAUAGAGCGCUCCUUCUUCUUGAGGAUGAAGUGUGUUCUUGCUAAACGAAAUGCAGGACUUACAUGUGGGGGGUAUAAGGUCAUCCACUGCAGCGGCUACUUGAAAGUGCGUCAGUACAUGAUGGACACGCUGUAUGAAUCCUGUUAUCAGACUGUGGGUCUGGUGGCAGUUGGUCAUUCCCUGCCCCCCAGUGGUAUCACUGAGAUCAAACUCCACAGCAACAUGUUCAUGUUCCGGGCCAGCCUGGACUUUAAACUAAUUUUCUUAGACACGAGAGUGGCAGAUCUGACAGGCUUUGAGCCUCAGGACCUGAUAGAGAAGACCCUGUACCAUCACGUGCACACCUGUGAUGUUUUCCAUCUACGCUGUGCUCACCAUUUAUUACUGGUGAAGGGGCAGGUCACCACAAAGUACUACCGCAUGUUAUCAAAGCAGGGAGGCUGGGUGUGGGUGCAGAGCUACGCCACCAUUGUCCACAACAGCCGUUCCUCCAGACCUCAGUGUAUUGUCAGUGUUAACUACGUUCUCACUGACAUUGAGUGCAAGGAGCUGCAGUUAUCUGAAGAACAGAAUCGAGCCACUAAGCCUGGUUUCAGUCUCACUUCCUCUCAAGAACACCACAAACAACUCAGAACCAAAGCGAUCAAGAUGAAAACCAAAUUCAGAGCAGCUCCCUAUCCUGAGCGGCAGGCCACUAGCCAUUUGCAGCUGGACCAUUCGAUUCGUCAACAGUCUGGCAUGGGUACCUCAUCUCAGCUGGCUCAGCAGAUCAUCGGCUCCCUGCACAGCAGAGGGUCUGUUGGAUGGAACAUCAGUAGCCCCACAUUACCCAACAAAUACACAGGCUCCAUGCUGGCAGCUGAACAUAGGUACCCUGAUGAAAUCCAUCAGCAUUGUUCUGGCAGCAGAAACCCACGUUCUACCAGCAGGCUGAAGGAAGAACCCUAUGAACAUGACACGCUUGUCCGCAGCAAGAUGUCUGAGGUUUGUCUUCACCCCCAUCCUCAUGCCACCAAGGACAGUAAGCCUGUAAGCCAGGAUGUCCGGCAUAGUGCAAAAGGUGCUGAGGUACUUCAAGUUGACCAAGUCCUGGCCUGCCCUUUGCUCAGUGGCCUGGUACUGAGUAAAAGUGAGCAGGGUGAUGUGCUGCACAGCAUGGGCCAGCCUCUUCCUUUGCAUAUGGUGCUGGAGCACAGGAGGAAGCAAGGUGUAAUGGAUGCUCCCUGCAGCUACCCAGCAGCAGGAUAUCCACAACCUGCUGAUGGCCACCAGCAGUGUAGAGCUGCUGCAGAGCUGCCGCCCAGGUCUGCUGAUGAGGACAGGAGAAUGGUGACAGGCAUGGGGGUUGGGGUGAGACUUCCAUCCCAAACCCCAUACAUGUCUUUGAAAUUUCAUAAGGUCUUGAGCAAACAUGGUUCUAUUAAAUCCCACCCUUUUACCACACUGAGCCAUAUAACAGACAACCAUAGUUACCACAAUAAAGAGAUGGCCUUCCCCAGCUCCAGCUCAUCCCCUAAGAGCCAUAGAGAGAUCCCACACUACAUCAGUACAUCUGUCAUUAUCACAAAUGAGAGGUGA